UCUGUGUCUCCAGUGUCUGCAGUGCUGAGCAAGCCUGCAGAGCAGCAAAACCUGUUCACACAGAGGGCAUGCUGCAAAAGACAAAGUCACUUUGUUUACAUUGGACAAGAUAUAUCUGGAAGACCUGUUAAUGUUGAUGUGGGAAUGUGCAGGUCACAUUGUGGGGGUACACCAAGAACCUCGCAUGAGUCUGGACAUCAGGGAUAUUCCAAACACACCUCAAUGCUGGAGUACCUCAGAAGUAAAAAGGUGCGCGAACCUGCGACUCGAGAAAGUCCGGAAAGUUUGGGCCACGUCCCGUCGUGUGGAAGAAACCACAUUUGUGAGCCGACCGGAAUGAGAGUGGAACGUGUGCUGUUGUUUGAAGGUCUGCGGGAGGUGGAUGUCAUCGAAGAAUGCCAAUGUGAAAGCAAACUGUCCCAAUGUGUCCGAGUACCUGUCCUCAAGACGUACUUUUACGAAACCCCGUACGAGACCGUUAUUGACGUAGGAGGAUGCUCCAGAUCCAAGGGGUUUUCAGAGGGAUUCUCCUGUAUUCCCACAAAGUUUGACUCUGCCCUUGUGGAGACCCCCAACAAAGUGGACCUCAUCCAGACUGUGGAGGCAUGUGAGCUCAAGGAAAACUGCUACAGGGUUCCAUAUUUGGAAUACUACUAUGAGAUCAUCGCCAGUGCAGAUGGAGUCAAACAGGAGAGGCUGAAGGAAAUAGAUGUGGGCAGAUGUUUGGGAAGCUGCACCACAGGAAACCGUUGCCUUCUCAGGAGUCCCUCAGAUCCAGACCAGUGCCAGCUAUGGGCUGAGAGACCAGCCAACUCCUGUGUUCCUCAAGGCAACGAAAGUCACAUUUUCCGUGACCAACAUGGAGAAAUCCGCACUGUUCUCUCCAUUACCUCUUGUUUUUGCCAGCCCUGA